GCGAUGUCUGUUGUUAGAGCCCUUUUCUAUCGGUUUCUGUUCCAAGGGUAAAGCUGCAGAGCUAAACAAAGGUAUAUUGAAAGGCACUAAUAAUCAGGACUUAAUAGUUAUGCUUAUGAACGAUGGAUCAAGCGCUUAGGUCUCGUCUACCACACGGGACCGGGGCGUUUCAGUUUUCCAGAUUCGUCCAUCCACUGAGGUCACUCUGCUUCGUGGCUUGCGUUACACCCCAGUUUGGUGUGCUUGCGGUAGGGGCAAAUGCUCGUUGGACAGUUGAGGCUGGCGGAGUGGACUAUCAGCACGAUGGGCAUACACGCACGAGGGUUCCACGCGAGGUGUGGCAUCGGCUCGAAGAUGCACCGAGAUUCUACUUCCGUUUUCCCCUUGCUUUGGGAAAACAAGGCAUUCGGCUUUCCGAUGAUAAGACGAAAGUUUUCUUUCCGCUGGAUGAACCCUCAUUGCACAUCCAUUUUUUGCGGUACCUGAACGGUGGUCUGGGGGGAGCUCGAACCAAUGCGCGGGAAGCUGGAUACGGAUAUGGUUUUUUUAUCCCCUCAUCAGGUCUACCAAGUGAUAUGCUGGCGACCAAUGUGGGUGGUAUGACCUUCGAGGAAACGGUGACCGAAUCAAGUGGUGGGUCUGCGGUAUCGGAGAAAUGGAACACGCAGAAGGCGGCCAAUUCGACGUGGCGCGACCCGGUCCUUAGACAGCAGUCCACAGAUCCGCGCGUUCGAGAAAAACAAAUUUUAGCAGCAUCUCGAGUCACGUUUAAUUCAAACCUGCUGAACCGCUACCACACGAUACACAAUCCGGCACUGAUGGAUCGUCUUAUGGAGUACACUGAAGGCGAAGCACAGUUCGAUCCACAAAACGUCGCAGCAAGUUCGAUGGGCGAAAAAGUUCAUCGAUUUUCGGAAAGCAUCACCUCCAUGCGCAGAGAGCUGGACGAGACAGACCUCGCUGCCACGCCACUGCAAGUGCAGUCCCAUUACAUCUAUUGUAUGCACUUUGCACGACACAAGGACAUUAGCUUUCACGACGUUGAGAGGCGCCACAUCGCCGGCGGCUCCGUAACGCGGAAAGGUGGGUGGGUGAGCCUGCGUCAGCUGCUGGUGGUUCGGCGCGCUGACUUGUCCGGAGCUCCCCUACCAUUUAUGGAUCACUUUACCGGAACCGUUCACUUUACGUAUGACGAAGAGCGCGACACGCUUGAAGCGCUUUGCGUCUGGCACGCCGCGGCUCAUUUUGACUCUACGCCGCCCGUUUACACCGACGAUCCACCGCUGCCGCUUGGGCAACGCAAGGAAGUGCCCCCUGUUGCCUACUACCGCGAGUUUCCUGUGCCGGGCUACUUGGAGAGUGCGGUGGUGCGAGACACUCGCGUGCGCGACAAUAACAUGUGGCAAUCAGCGGUGGCGAAAUACUGGUACCAAAAGAUGUGGACGUACCCAGUGGAUUACACGUACUUGUGGCCGGAAGAUCCGCGUGCUGGAGCGCUUCGGUGUCCUGACAAUUACCUUGAAGUAGAAGUACUGGACGAGAUCGAAAAGUGGAACUUCACCGAGCUCCUGACAAGGACCAAGCGGCCGGAUGCAAACAUCAUCACUUCGGAAGAGCCGACGGAAAAAAGCUAUUCACAGGCGAGGCAAGCCAUCUUUCGGAUUCUUCGCAAAUCACUGAACUGCAUGACUUUCGGAGCAGGAAACCCGGAGGAUCGCUUUGGUUACGGGAUCAGCCAUCUCUGGAUUGGCAUGGUUGUGCAUGCGUUAGACGAAAUCACAUACCUUCCAAGACACCUCGUGCGCCGCAUGUUCUCGGCGACGUUUUUCCAGCGCGCAAAGUGGAUCCCGAAACCGAGGCCGUUUCAGCCGGCACAGAUCGCGGACCUUGCCGGCAUCCAGGGAUUGGCGGCCAGCUUGAAGUCGCAGCGUCCAGAGCACAGCUACCGGUUUACAUUGGAACAAACUGGACAAGCUAGUUUAAGUGCUGCUCAGCCAGACAGAGCCGAAAAACUGGUUGUGCCACUCGGGCACCUGGAUUUUGACCUGCUGGAAAGUCCACCUUUGCAAAUAGGAAAACGGGACCGCGAAGUGCAAAACUGCCUCUUCUUGAACGACGACGCAAUCAUGAAUUUGCGGAUCGCAGCGGAGACGAACCUCUUCCCCUUUACCAAGGACGUGUACGCUGACCCAGUAGUGAAGCAGUCCAUCGGCGCACCUGAAGUACUUUGGAACAAUGCGCGCACGCUGAGUGACAGCAGGCAACCCACGUCCUCGUCAGAGGUUGCUACUCGUUCUGGUGCCGUUGUUUUCACACCUGCCGAACAAGCCGUUCUGCUGGCCAGCGAUGAUAUGUUGAUUCAAGGCGUUGCAAGUGUUAACGAUUUGCGUGCUAGCGUGACGGACAGCACCAUCUGGCGAAAGGAUCUCGUAUACCACGAUUGGCGGUUCCGUCGCACGCCUAAUGGUCGUCCCGACGUAAAGAUGUUCGAACGUGAAGCACAAACCAGUUUCUAUCCGUGUUCCGUCAUCCGCAAGAAGCACACUGAGUUCGUUUCCAGUUCCUGGUCUAGCAUCGGCAUCGAAGACGGCAUCGGGCAGCACAUAUCGCAACUAGUAGCGAACUCAUCCUCUACAAGAACCGCAGCGGAGGCUUCGAUUUGUGACGUCGUUCAGCAACACUGUGCCUCUGCUUUGCAACAAUUUGCCUCAGUGGCCGCUUGUCGUGCGCAUUAUGGAGCUUUGCCUCUGGAGGAUUCAGCCUGCAAGACUGCGCGAGGAGAUGGCGCGAGCACGUACAAGAAGGUUCUGAGCGGCAAUUCCUUCUCUUGCAAGUGGACCCAGAGCCACUUUGUCAAGAUCGCACCGGAGACGUAUUGCCCUUCGUUAGGACCGUCCUCUCCUGAAGGUGAUCGAUGCAGUCCAUCGAUUUGCAGCACUUCUUCGCUACAAGAACAGCAGCAACAGCUAGUAGUCGCGCCAAAUGUAACAGUAACUGCGGUGCUCUCAUCUUGCGAACCAGACACAAAAUCGGACAUCAUCGCCUCCACGCUAGAUUCUCUUCCUUUUUGCCUCCCGUCUUUAGUCGGAAGCUCAAGCUGUUCUGCAAACUGCACCCAGGCGUUGAAUACUUUCUUGGCGAAGCACGUCCAGAGCGGUGCCAUGAAGCAGUGUGAAGGGGAUCCGCUCGGAAUUAGCGAGACCGAUGGGACCGGGUCCCACCUGUUGCAUCUGCUGCAGGUCAACGCACGAACUUUGAUUCAUCGCUGUCUGCAUUCCGGCGGCCCGGAGCGCCGAGCUGCUCAGAGUACUCCUUACACUCCGCAACCGCAGUUGCUUUUCGCGGUGGACUCUGGCUCCAGUGAAGGCGAGCGUGGCCGUGACGCAUCAACAAGCGAUAACAGCUGGGGCUACAGGGGCUGCGUUGACCCGCGCUUGUACCUUUCCGAACGUGGCUGCCGAUCGCUGGAUUGGGCAAUCUUGGCCCGCGAAAUAAUGAACGAGUGGAGCGGUAGCGGUUUCAAGAUGCAACGCCCGCAACGCAUCACGGCAACAGAGCAAAUAGCGUGGCGCGAUGAGAAAUUGUUUGACCUGUUCUUGCAGCCGUAUUUCGGAUUCCGGACCAUGGCAGAAACAAAGGCCCAGCUCAUGAGGAGAAAUGCAUAUGCGUCGAGUGCCAGCAAUGAGCUCUGGGUCUUCGGCAAUCCCGAACGAGGGGCCAUCAGAUAUACUGGUUUCGAAAAAUCCUAUGAAACGCUCAUCGCUCGGUCACCAACACGAGCGCGACACCCAGCACUGGAAUUCGGCUGGAGCGAGCGUUUUCCGCUCUUUUCUCACUUUCUUUCUGGUUUUCAUCCCACGUACAGCCGAUCAUACAACGCAACCCGGGAGUUGCAAAAGCGCCACAUCCGACCGUUUGCCGACGUGGAUCCGAAAGCGGUUUCGCGUCGCUCUUCUCUGUACGGCUCCGACCUGUGGGAUGAUUUGCGGUUUGAAGCCGGAAAAGCAGCAAUCACCACUACAAUCAGCGAGCCAACUAUGACGAAGAGUGACGAAGAGAAUUUGCGCGAUUUGUCCAAGAUAGUGACGGGUAUAGCAGUGCCUGGGCAUUGGCACCGGUCGCACGGAUACCUUUUGGGGACAGGUCUUUUUUCGAAGUUGGCAGCCGCCAUGGAAACCUUCAAGCGCACUCGAAAAGUCGAACUAUUUGAUUCGGUCUUGGCAAUCGUCGAUGACCUAAAAGCGGACCUGCCGAAGGCGCUGCCGAUCUCGCACUUUUCGCCGUCGUGGAACGCGGAAAUAACGACUAUCAGGGAGCAGGCCUUUCUGUACGAAACCCUCCACAGUUUUUUUUCGGGAUCAUUCGUUCUUGCUAGGCUUGCGAGAGGCUUGAUCGAGCAGCUACGAGAAAAUUGGUGCGAACUUGGUCAACACUGGUUAGAGGUUCCCUAUGGGACUCAUCCGGAGCAUUUUCGUGGCAGCAAAAAAGCAAGGAUUCUGCUCGAGCAUAUUCGUAUUCAUACGAGCGACUUCCAAAAUACCAAGAUUGAAGCUGAUCCUCGAAAUCCCGCGCAGACACGCGUAGUGCGUUACAGCAGUAAAUUAUAAAAGUGCAGCAUAACUCCCCCUCCCCCUCAAAAUCAAAAUCGCCAGCCACUUUUUGUCCGCCAAAAAAGCAACUUUUUGGGCUCGAAAUGUGCGUGCCGCAAAAAAGCAAAAAAAUGAUCGUGCUUUGAAGGCUAAUCUCCAUGCUAUAGGCCCUCUCCCCCUCAUGAGGGGGAGUGGGCCUGGGCCCAUAGCAUGGGGAUUAGCUUUCAACACCAGCCCACUUUUCAGCCAGUUUCUGAGCUCGCUGAUUUGUCGCUUAUUUGACGACGCAAAACGUCGCCAUGUGGCGAACAUUUGCCGGAAAUUCUGCAAGGGAGCAAGUUUUUUGCUUACGUUUUGGGGGCUAAUCCACAUGCUAUGGGCCCACUCCCCCUCAUGAGGGGGAGCGCUUCUUUUCAUGAGGGGGAGUGAGCCCAUAUCGCGGGGAGUCACUUCCAAUAUGUUGCGAGGGCCUUUUUUGGCGGCUGGGCCGGAGGCUAUGCCAGCCCCAAGUCCCCAUGCUAGGGCACGGGCCCAGAUGCCGGAAGGCGCCCCGAGUGGUCCAGCUGUUCAGCUUCUGCCCUCUCUUUAGUUGGCCAAAAUCAGCCACGUUUUGAAGGCGAAACACCGUGCCAGAGGGCCACUCCCCCGCAUGAGAGGGGGCGCCCUUUUUGGCGCCUGUGGCGGAUGGUUAUUCCAGUCCCGCGACCCUUUUGUCACACAAAACGCACUCGACGCAGAUGAUUUCCUCAACCGAAACGCGUCCGGUUUGAUAACAUAAAAGCGCAGCAUUUGGCAACGUAGAAACGCGUUAUUUGGUAACCAAAAAAAUGGCCAAAGUUGGCCAUUUUGAGGGGGAGGGGGAGUUGUGCACUUGUAUAUCAGUCGCAUCAUUUGCGGGACGACCUUUUCCCCAAUCCGGACGAGUUCGAUUUCAACCGCGACAAUCUGGGGAAGAUAUCUUUUUGGGGAAUGCUCGAGGAGAACACGGGAGUCUUGCCGAGCCUAGAAGUAACGGGAGGCGCGGCGACAGCCGUAAGUCAGCCGGUUGAUGUGCAACUGAUGCCGCCACGUGUGCAACGCGACUCGGAUCGGUUUCGUCGUGCACAGCGAAAGUGCCUUGGCCGCAAUACUGCGAUCCGCUGGCUUUUCAAGAAUGUUGACAAGUAUUUGCCUGCUUCGCCAUUUUCAGCUGGGCCUUACCAAUGCAGCCCGGGAAACCCGAACUUUGUGCAUCACGGUGUUGCGUUGCUGCGCCAGUUGAUUCGCGUUGAGUCUACAUCUGCAAAUAAAACCAAUGCGUUUCUCAUCGAAACGUUCGUCCACGGAAAAGCGGUGCAGGACAAUCUGCCAACUGGACGACCGUGGACCAAAUUCAACACAAAUGGAGAAGACACGGACGGAUCACUGUUUCUGUUUUUGAAUGGGUUCCCACACGCGCCUCAGUCCUGGGCAAGAGUGCUCAAGCACUUGCACGAGAGACGCCCUGGCUCGACGUCCGCUCUGCUUAAUGUGCCAGGGUGGGGAAAAGGCGCUUCGCGGCUAUUUGACGCACCUGCUUCGGAUUGUUCCUUCCUAGGGAAAUCCAGUGACAUUCUACGGGAUCUCAUCGUCGACAUCAAGCUUCGCUCUGGUAGUGCUAGCUCGUGGGACCGCAUCUUUUUGAUUGGGGAUUCAACUCCUGUAGGCUCCGGGCUUGCCUGGGCAGCAGCACACAAACUCAACGUGUUUGACGAGAAACACCUCGUGGGCCUGAUUUCUCUUACCCCGCAUCCAGAGUUGAUGCUCCGCCCGGCGAUGAAUACAGCGGACCCUCGUCAAUUUCCGUUUUAUUCACUGCUCUCGCCCAUCAUUGGGGAAAGUGCUAUCGGCAUGAAAGACUUCGCGGCACUCAAGUCACAGAUGGAGGAUGACUUCGACGACGGGACGUUUGACGAUGGCACGAUGAUGCGAGCAGAGUAUGUCAAGUUUUGGAGAAACACUGGCGCGAGAUCACUGACGUGUUAUUUCCGUGAUAACUUCGAAGUUAAAGACGGGCGGAUGCAUGCAGUACCACGCUCGUUUUCAUUUUUUAGCUCCACGUGAACACAUAAAGGAAAGAAAUCUCAUCUAUUUCUGGUAACCAUAUCACGAAGUACGAGAAUAAUUCUAUUGCUCACUGCGAAUCGAAAACGAAAUUAUUCAUUGGGAACGCUCUGUCAUUCCGGACGUUGAUUUUUUGACUUUGAGUGCACUAAAUUGAUACAGGUUGGCGACUGGUUCGCUGACCUGCACCCGAAGCACCCACACAUCCUGCUUCUGAACGCAGAGCGGGAAAUCUCCUACCGGAAGGAGCAGUGGCUAGGCUCUUUCACCAUGAUUCCCCGCGAGCUCUCGCGACACCUGCGAAUGCACACGGUGUCGGACGCCAGCAGUAAAGAUCUGCUCUUUAGCGACAAGCAUAGCGAAGAACUGGCAGAGGAAAUUUCCGCUUUCGCCUGGAGCGUGCGUAUGACGGAAUACCCGUGGCUGCUAGGUGUGGCGAAGAUUGUGGUCGUUCCACCGGUACUGACGGGGGGGCUUGCGUACGACACGGAGAAGAACAUCGCCCUUGGGUUAUGAGGUGUAAAAACGUACGCACCUCCCCAUAGGUAAACUGCGACUUCACGAGUUUAGGGAACUCGGCACGACAAAAUCGAAAGUUGAACACAAAGCAUAAUCGUGCUUAGCUAUGAAGUCCGCAUUUUGGGUUUCAUUGGUCAUAUGUUGAAGUCCGCAUCACAAAAGCACUCUCUCAUCCUGCUUGGACGAUCAGAGCAUCACAAAUUAUCAAGGAAGGGGAAUCUGCAAAUUGAGUUUGUGGUUUCGGUCGGUUUAAGCAUCCCAAAUUAUCAAGCACUAAACCUUCAUCUAUGCGCGAAAAUGUCUCCCACAAGAAGCUGCAUGAGAGAUUUGCCGGGCAUGCAAAAACGCAGCACAAAGCUGGGGUGGCUACGUUUUCAUUCCGGAUAUGGGUUUGCACUUUUCGCUGCGGCCUUCUCCGUCUUUGCUGGACUUUAUCUCGAGCGGAAUCUCGGAUCCAUACUAAUUCGCACGACAAACAAGGAAGUUUACUGGCGCUUCGGUCAAGUGGCAAUGGUGCCAAUUUGUCUGGCGUGCAUGGCAUCGGCAUCCUGGUUAGGAUUGCCUCUGUGGUUUGCGGCUCUGUACAAGUUCGGGUUUCCGGAAGUGACGACGUUAUUGUUGGCUCCGUGGCUGCUACGCGGAAAGGAGCAUUGGGUCGACGUUUACGCGCGUUUCUUCGACGGAGUUGGCCACUUCAUUCACCACACUGGGGCCUCCAUCAUCUAUACUGCGAUUCUCGCAAAGAUGGUUUCGCCAUUGCUCUUAACGGCCGCGAUCCCACUUUCCCUGCAGCACGCGGUUUCGCCGCUGAAGUACCAGAGUACACGGAUACACGGGGCUUUGCUCACAUUGUUAGAGGUGUGGUACCAAUUCGAGUUUUUCCACAUUCUGCCGCAGCUCCGCCACUGGGUGCCUGUUAUGGGGCUGUGCAUGCUGACCUUCGCGCACUGGUGGUGGUUGGCUCGCCAGCUGGUUUGGUUGCCUCUAGCCUGGUUCUUUUCCGUUCCCGGGGACCGGCAGCGCACUCCAAAAGUACGCGCGUCGGUUUUUAUGACGUCGAUGCGUGUGUUUCGUUUCGCGGUCCGCCACGCGGCCUCUACGAUUCGUAAGCGUAGUCAAGUGCGAUUUUCCGGCGUGUCCGAUGGGAUGUUUUCGACGGCGGGUCGUUUCGAAGAAGACCAGAUUUUCGAGCCCGAUAACGACGGGAGCCCGGCUCUGAUGCUAGAGGAGGCUGCACCACGGGAUCAAGGACUGGACCGAUUGCACGGGCGCCUUUCUGCAGGAAAUAUGAAGAAUCAGGAAGGCGAGAGAAGUGGCUCCGCCGGUGCAGGGACAGGUACUCCAGUCCCUUCGUCGGGGGUGAUCCAGCUUAGCAACCCGGACAGCGCGUCCGGACUAGCGUCUGCAGGUGUGAAAGACGUCGACACGGUGUCAUUGAUCUCCAGAGAAAGCGAUAUCAAGGAGCGACUGCAGUUCUUGGAGCACGAUGCGGGAACCUCUUCGGACAGCCACGAGGUAGCAGGCGGGUCCAGUAGCGCGAAGGCCGCUCAUCUUGUCGUGGCAGUCAGUAGGCACAGCGUCGCUGCCGCAUCUGCAGCGACCGGUCAACAACAUGCUUCCACCAUAGUGCAAGCGCAGCGCCGGAUCUCGAACACGACGUCGCCUUUGCCCGCGAUGGAUCAUCGGGGGGUCUUGAACAACACUUCUGCGGGAAGCGCAACCGCCCCGAGAAGCUUAAGAACGCCGACGGGAACAACUGGAACCUCGACAGGCGUCACUAGUCCAAACAAAACCAGUACCCGAACGCAGCCUGCUGGCGGGCAGAACAAUUUGUUCCCAUUGAUGGCAUACUAAGUGCAAAAAUGUCUGGGUCUGGAAGAUUCUGACACUUGUCAUGCACGUUUUGCAUGAGCCAUGAUGUCUGUGAUGCAUACCCUAGCAGUACAGAUUUUCUGAGGGCUUUCCGAUGCCUAUUCCGCAUGACAAAUGCCUUCUCAGCGGAGCAAAAAUUGCCUUCCCUUUGGUACUCAUGCAAUACAGAUUUUUUUGGAAUCCAAAUGCAGCAUCACAAGUUGCAUUCUUCCAGACCCAGACACUUUUACAGUUGAUAUGGCACCGUCUGCCACGACGUCGUCCUCUUCGCCCAGAUACAACAGCCAACUCACAGGAGGGAAGCGACGUGAAAACGCGAGUAGUCCCGUGCAGCGCCCGAUACUGAGUGACUGAUGUCGCAAUGAUACGUCGCAAUCUAUAUGCAGAUCGUGCUAAUCAAAAAAAAUAAAAAAAAGUAGUCCCGUGUCCAGCCCGAGCAGCGCCCUCCUUCCGAGCGCAGCUUUCAGAAUCGGCACGCCUGGGACGAACCGACCCGAGCAAGCCACGCCGCUUUUGGGGAUGUACCCUAAGAUUCAAGUGCCAAACUUCAAUGGGAUCAAGUAUACAAACAUGCUGGCAAGCACGUCGCAGCACCGCGGUGCCGCGGGACCAGGCUCGACGACGCCCGACGCAAUGAAAUAGCAUUUGCAAUGCAUUUUACAAAUUUAGAAUUUGCCAGAGCUUUCGUUUCCAAUUUUGGAAAUUUGAGCGAUUCUGGAAAUUUGACCUGACAGCGGCCACGUAAGCAGUCUUCCUUGCUGCCACUAGCGGGGACAACAAAUUCAUGUUGCGCAUUUCAUCUUUAUGUGACUUUUAUACCAAUAUGCAAGUUUUGUCAUCGAUAUAUAGUUUAUUCUGCCCUGCAAUGAUGUUUCAGUUUCAUGGUACGCCCUCGGGCCGGAACACUUCUGCUAGAUGAAUUUCAAUGGCACACUCUCCAUAAACAAGCGAAGAAUCCAUAGGAAUGGUGUAUACGUAUUGCAGGAGGAGGGAAUUUAACGUCUAGAAGUUUACUUCCAAGAAGUAGCACUGACAGAUAAAAGUUUUAGGCCGGGGUGUUUGAUGCUUUUUUCUCCUUUGAAAUUUUUUGAAGUAUCUCUCACCCGUUAGUGCUUUUUUUGUUACAUUUUUUUGAAUUCCCCCAUUCAAACCUCUAGCAAUCCAUGCUAGUAAAAUGAUAAUGAACAAGAUAAUGACGAUUUUUUCAAACAUAGUGCUCCAAUGCAUUGCUUCUUCUCGCGUGUCGUGAGUUUACAAAAAUAGCGUUUCGUUUCGAUCUUUGUUACCACUACAGAAACAGUUUCAUCACAAGGUUAAUGCACUCUAGCGUAUUGCCCCUCCUUUUCGUGAAAAUGACAGGUCCCAAAGUAAAGCUUCAGUAGAGAUCCAACAAAAUUCUACAAAAGAGAAUACAGACUUUUACAUUUAACGUUUAUAGUUUUUAUCUUUAGAUACUUUGUCUUGCAGCAUCUUCGUAGGCUUGAAGUUCCCUCUUCUACGAAACUUAUGAAGAAAACGCUGUGAGCAGAGGCGCAGAACCUGCUCGCGUUGACCCUCCCAAAAACGUGAGCGGAUUGAUAUACCCUGCCCGCUUGCGUGCGGCUCGCCUUUUUAUGGCAAUCUAACUAUAGAAAAGUCAUAUCUGUGAUAGACAGAGAGGUAGACUGGUGAUCGUAGGCUUUUUGCCAUUCUUUUUUUGCUUCCAUCAGGUUGCGCAACUUCGACAGCUGCUAGCACACCGCACCGUAUCUGUAGCUUGACGAAGUGUUUGCAGUUACUACAAUGAAGCUGCUACGUCUCGUACUAGUCCAGCGGCUACCUCGCACAUCAAUACAAGAUCUAUUCGCAUAGAAGCACAGAUAUUUUCGAAGUCACAGAGAGACGACGAAUUGCACAGAUUUCAGUGACGCCAAUAGGAUUUAUUUCGCGACGUUUUCCCGGCGACGUGCUGCAGCUUUGCCUGGAUUCCGCUGCACUUCCCGGAAGACUUCUUUUUGAUUUAAACAUGCAGGUAUAUUCAGUAGCAUACCAGAAAGACGCCUUAUGUCAUAAGACGUCUCAUGUGAUACAUAAGACGUGCGUCCUAUGACAUGUUUAGGACAUCGUGAUCUGAUAUGUUGAAAGAAUAAGAAGUGCCAGAGAGGUAUCUCCACCCAGCCGAACUAUGUUUGUUCAACAAAUAGAGUGCUGUUGUGUUGUUGUAUAAAAUGAAUUGCCACAUACUCCGAAAAUAAAUGCUAGUCUCUACCAUCGUGAUAGAGCGUUUCUAAGCAAGGUAGCUGUUCCUGUUGCCGCAAUUUUUGCUGCAGCUGAAAGGUGCAGACUCGCCGGAGAGUACCGGGGAAGUACUUACAUUCCAGC